GUCGUUUGUCAUUAUAACUUUUUCUGUUCCUGUAAUUCCAUUUCCUUUUUUUUAAACAUCGGGAUGUUAAACUUUAAUAGAAUAAUUUCUAAGUUAAACAAAAUGGAACCUAUAAAUCAACAUUUUACAAGCACGAAAAAUUUUCAUUCAACCAGAUUAAAAGGAAAAGUAGCUAUAGUUACAGCAUCUUCGGAGGGUAUUGGAUUAGCCAUCGCGAAACGAUUGGGAGAUGAAGGAGCUUCCAUUAUAAUUAGCAGUAGAAAGGAGGCAAAUGUGAAAAAAGCAACUGAAAGCUUACGUGGUGAAGGUAUAAAUGUAGAAGGCAUUGUGUGUCAUGUCAGCGAUGCAGAUCAACGAAAAAAAUUAUUUGAUACUGCUAAAUCCAAAUUUGGUGGAUUUGAUAUUCUUGUUUCAAAUGCUGCUGUCAAUCCCGCCGUGUCACCAGUUUUAGAGACUGAUGAAGCAGUAUGGGAUAAAAUAUUUGAUGUUAACGUAAAAAGUGCAUGGCUCCUGGCUAAAGAAGCUUAUCCAGAGCUCAUAAAAAGAGGAGGUGGAAGUAUUGUUUUCGUAUCAUCGAUAGCUGCUUAUCAACCUAUGGAACCUUUAGGCCCCUAUAGCAUUAGCAAAACCACAUUGCUGGGCCUAACAAAAGCAAUUGCUUAUGAAGUCGUUCGGGACAAUAUACGAGUUAACUGUGUGGCGCCAGGGAUUGUUGCUACAAAGUUUUCUUCUGCGAUAACAUCAUCCGAGGCAGCAAAGGAAAAGAGUUUGUCUAUAGUACCAAUGAAGAGAUUGGGGAAACCUGAAGAAAUAGCUAGUGCAGUAGCAUUUUUAGUCUCGGACGAUGCCAGCUACAUGACUGGAGAAACUUUAGUUGUAGCGGGAGGAACCUAUGCGCAUCUUUAAUUUGAACUCUCCUAAAUAUUUUUGUUACUUAAAAUAUUCGAUAUAACCCAUUUUAAGGGUAACUUUGUUUCUUGUUUAUAUCCAAAGGUUUUGGGACUAUGAUAAGAAUGAUGUUCAUUGUUAAGAUAUAUUUUAUUUUUUAUAUACACUUGAUGGAAAUGUCAAAGGGUAGGUGUAUAAGGUACGCUAGUUUGGACUGUAAUUAACCUAGGAUUUGUUGAAAAUGCAUAAGCCGUGCCACUUUUUUCUUUUUGUUCCUUUCUGUAGGUCUCGGUCUCCUUGUUUUAACUACUGUGACGGUAAGUAGAAGCUAUGAUAGAAUCCCGUCGCAGUUUGUUAGGUGUUUUAAAAAGGUCAUCUCGAACUGCUUUUACAUCAUUAGGUGUUAUUUUACAACAUUGGAAUAUCUUGUUAUUGUGUGGACAAGGAAAAUAUAAUGGAACACUAGGAGCAGAGUAGUUUUUUUUUUCUUGAGAGCUCGUUUUCCACCUGUAACUCUGCGUUUCUGUGAUCCGACGUUUGCUACACGAACUUCUACUGUAUCUGCUUCACCUUCGCCCAUUUUCUGACUUUUUUCAAUUGUAAAUCAAUAUAAAAUAACUUAAAUAAGCUUCAGAGAAAUAAGUGCUAACUUAUAAACUCAAAUAUGACAAGUGACAAGCAAAAAAUGAUUAAACCAUAGACAAAUUGGCGGCCGAUGCGUUCUCGUUGGGUGAUUGGACGUAUCAUGUUUUGUUUGCCAACUGUCAAAGGACAAAACCUUUCUUGCUCAAACAAUCUAUAUUUUUUCUAAAGGGACAAAUUUGUUUUUGCUCGGAUACAUGCAUUUUUAGUUACAAGUAACCAUAGAGAAUACGAGCGCAUAAAAUAUUUUUUUUGUAGUGACAAAUCAUGUUUUGAAGUUUGGCUUCUCAAUUAGAGGCUGUGAGGUAUUCCAAUUUAGUCCUCAGUGGUGACGAUUCUUUGUAUAAUUGGCUGCAGGUGUCCAUGGACCGCAGUAGCCAGUUACCAUCAGGUGGCCUUUAAGUUCUUUUUCGACUUCAGUCAGGAACUAUAAAAAUAAGUUAAUAGAAUCGUAAGCCAGUUAGUUUUAGCUAUAAUAAGUCACCUCUACAUUGCGAUAAAAUCCUUAAAAAAACUAGUUUCAUUCUAUAGAAGAAAAUAUAAGAAAAACAAAUUAUAACUUUAAUUCAACCAUAAGCUAGUUAGUUUGAGCUAUAAUAAGUCUUCUCUAAAUUGCUAUAAUUACAAGUUCAUAUUGUUAUGUUAAUAUAUUGGAAUGUGGACGGGUGACAAUUCUUUUUUUUUAAUUAUUAAAACAAGCUGUAAAAAUAAUUGUGAUUUUUUUGAUAAAAUUGUUUAUAUAUUGUAGAAGUUUUUAAAACAAUGAAGUUGUUUUAACCUUUUUGUAAAAAUGUUUAUGGAAUUCUUUUAUGGAAAUAUUUUCCGUUAUGAUUAGGCUUUUUAGGUAUAUUGGUGAUAUGUUUAUAUAACUAUUAAUAUAAUAACAUAUUAAUACAUUAUAAACUAUUUAACACGCUAUUGGUUUUGAUAGUAAAUACAUAGUGUUGGGCUCGGGUAACGUAUUUCCAAAGAGAAAGAAGAGAUUAAAGUUUGUGCAAUGAUCAUUUUACAUUUUUUUUUAUUACGAUGUUACUAAUGGUUUCUAGUCUCUAGCUAAUUCAACUUCUCACCCUCAUAGGAUAUUGAUUGUUUCCUAUAUAUAACACCCGCCUAGUUUUAUAUAACAUUACAAAUACAUUUAGUAUAUAAUAAAAUUGUUGAAUUGAGUAAGAUUAUGCAGAGUAUAUUGAAAAAUAAUCGAUUCUCUUUGGUUUUUAAUUCUGGUUUUUAUUCUUAGACGAUUAGGUAUACCUGACACAAAGGAGCUAAUUGAAACCAUAUAUAUGGUACUGAAGUAAAACCACAGACGUAUGGUAUUUAUGGUUAUAUGUUAUAACCAAUCAAUAUUGAUUUUUAAGAAUUGUGUUAUUGACCCUGUUGCUUCUUAUUUUUGUGGUGGAAGUUAUGAAUUGGUAUAGGUAUUUUAAUUAUAUAAAAUCUAUGC